AUGUCCGAAACUGCCUUUGCUGCCAUGCAGUACCUCCCGAUGCCGCUCCUGGUCCUCUCUAGUGAAAAGACAGUCGUGCUUGCCAAUGAAGCAAUGGGCAGACUGCUGGGUAUAGACCUGCAACUGCCUGCGGUGGACAGUGCUGGGAGCAACGAGCAGGAGGAUGCCAGCAGUGCCAGCGACAUUCUUGGUGGUGUGCCUAUGGACAGCCUCGGUAUGGAUCUUUUGCAGAACGCGAACCCUGUGUGGAUGCGCUGGGUAGAUUUCCUCAAUACCAUCAAACAGGAUGCUGUCGACGCCAGCGCCCAGUCAGAGUCAAAGUCUGAUGGUGGUGAUAUAACUCCUACUGCUGAGAGCUACGAUACCGCUGGCCUGCAGUCGAAACCCGUGCCCUUGACCCGUGCCAACCUCGCCCGCACCACCGUUCACGAUGCUGCUGUCGAUGUCGUCUUCUCCACCAAUCGAAACCCUGCCACUGGUCUCCCCCGUUCCAAAGAGGUCAACCACGACGCCAGUGGCCAUAUCCAAUCCACCGUCAUUAUCACAGUUUGGUCUGCAGAUGACACCGAUUACUACACACUGGUCUUCACCUCUGCUGCCGAAACCCAAUCCUCCUCUUCUCGUUCAAGCCACCGUACAGUUGCAAGGACACACACCACCUUCUCCUCAGGCCUAGGCUCUGGAUCAAGCUCUAGUUCCAGUGGUCGUCGCACUCAGCACCAACAUCGCACGAGCCUCUCAGGCAGCCCUUCUGUCUUCGCCCCUUCGCCAUUGCCCAGUGGCCCUCCAUCUCUCACCACUUCUGCCGCAACUCCCUCUUUAUUCUCAAAGUCCAAUCGCCUGAAAGACGCCCUCCUAAAUUCUCUCAGCGACCCAGCCUUUGCCAUGUGGAAGGACGAGUCUUUUGGUAUCCCCAACAAAGCCGCCGUCAGAAUGGUCUAUCCUGAUAGCGACGAAGGCGUGACCGGUGUUCGCGAUCAGCGUGAUUUCCUCUCAAGCUACAUUCUUUGGAAGGAGGACUUUUCUGAAUUGCUUCCUAUGAGCGAGUUUCCUAUCAUGCAUCUCAUGACGACACAAAAGCGAUUCACAAACAGACGCCUCGGUAUGCAUCACCCCAAGACUGGCGCAAAAAUUAUAUACGACGUCGACGGCGAGACAAUCACCGACAGUAAAACCGGCGAGUUCUUGGGUGGUUUGGUCAUAUUCCAUAAUGUCACUGAAUAUGCCAACACUAUCACCGCUCAAAAGGUGCAGAACGAACGACAGUUCGAGGAUAUAACCAACAUGAUUCCACAAAUGAUCUGGACAACUACUCCAACUGGCCAGCAUGACUAUUAUUCAAGGAGGUGGUACGAAUAUACAGGCCUGUCAGUCGAGCAAAGUCUCGGCAGCGGCUGGGAAAAUCCUUUCCAUCCAGAUGACAUGGAGUUGACGGGUAAGAGAUGGCGUCACAGUCUAACCACUGGUGAAGAGUACAGAACGGAAUACCGAUGCCUGUCUCAUGAUGGAGAAUGGCGCUGGAUGCUGGGUCGAGCUGUGCCUAUGAAGGAUGAAUCUGGCAAGAUUGUCAAAUGGUUCGGCACAUGUACCGAUAUUCAUGAAUUGGUCCUCGCUCGAGAAGACGCACGACAAAUGAGACUACAACUCUUGCAAGUAAUUGAAAUGGCGAAAAUCACGCUCUGGUCAGUCAACUCCGACCGCAAUCUCUCGAUGCUUGAGGGCGCUAUUGUGUGGAACGACAACUCGAAGCACUCUGACGAAGACAUUCGAAACAACGCCAUCGGAAAGAACGUAUACGGGCUGCUCGAUGAGUCGGCCAUUCUAGAUGGAGAUCAUCAUCGCGAGUACAUCGAGAACAUUCUCUCUGGUAAACGACUCGACGAGACCACAGAAUUGCACCUGAAAGAGAGCAACAGAUGGGUACGCACAAGAUUUGUUCCUCUUCAGCGGGUGGAGCGCAACGCUGGCGUUGAAGGUGAUACCUUCGUGGAUGGCGUUGUUGCUGUCAGUAUGGAUGUGACAGACUUGAGGAAACGGGAAGAGCAACUUCGUGAGCGCGACAGAGAGAACUCACGUCUAUUGGCGCAAAGCGAGGCCGCAAAGGAAGCUAGCAAGAUGAAGUCUCAAUUCUUAGCGAAUAUGAGCCACGAGAUCCGCACACCUAUUGCUGGAGUCAUCGGUAUGUCUGAGCUCCUAUUGGAUGACACCGAAGGCACUCUGACCGAGGAACAACGCGAGUGCGCUGAAAAUCUGCAACGAUCGGCCAAUGGACUUCUUACCGUUAUCAACGACAUCCUCGACUUUUCCAAGGUCGAGAGUGGAAGACUGGAUAUUGAAGACGUCCAGUUUGAUCUGAAUGUCGUUGUCCGCGAUGUCAACAAGAUGCUCACCUUUGCGGCUGAACGCAAGGGUCUGAUGUAUAUCGACGAGACACAAGAGCUCGAACGUCUCAAGGUCAUGGGCGAUCCAGGCCGCCUGAGGCAAAUCUUGACAAAUCUCCUGACCAACUCCAUCAAAUUUACCUCUGAGGGAAGCGUGAAGAUGCAGGUCAGGAUUAGAGAGGAGACCGCUGAGACUGUUGCUGUGGAAUUUACUGUAGAGGACACCGGUAUUGGCAUUGAGGAAGAAGUCAGGAAGAGACUGUUCCAGCCGUUCUCACAAGCAGACUCUAGCACUGCCAGACGAUUUGGUGGAACUGGUCUCGGCUUGACCAUCAGCAAGAACUUGGUCGAACUCAUGCAUGGUGAGAUUUCUCUCGAGUCAUCGCUCGGUUUGGGCACGAAAGCUUCGUUCUGGAUCCCCUUCAACAAGGCUCCUUAUCUAUCUGGCGACUCGCCUCCGCUAGACAUGGGCCCGAUACCCCACCGGUUGCAAUCUGAGCUAUCUAUGUCUGAAUACAGUGGCCCACAGCCUCCAGGCUCACCUCUGAAACCGGGCAUUCGCCAGGCGUCUGUAGACUCGCGUCGAGCCUCGCCUGCUCAGCUCGAUUUGCCUCUUGGACUUUCGGACGAGGAACGGCGGAACACACAUGUCUUGGUUGUCGAAGACAACCCGAUCAACCAACAGAUCGCCUUGAAGACAAUCAAAAAGCUCAAGUUCUCUGUCAAUGCUGUCUGGAAUGGACAAGAAGCACUUGACUAUCUUAGAAAGCCAGAAAGUCCUGAUCGUCCAAGACCAGAUGUUAUUCUCAUGGACGUUCAGAUGCCAAUCAUGGACGGCUACAAGGCAACAUACACAAUUCGACACUGCGAGCCCUUUGUUGCGGACCAGCAGAUUCAAAACACGCCCAUUGUUGCAAUGACUGCCAGCGCUAUUCAAGGCGACCGAGAAAAGUGUGAGAAUGCCGGAAUGAACGACUAUCUGGCGAAGCCUGUAAAGGGAAAGACGCUCGAGCAGAUGUUGCUCAAGUGGGCAGUCGAGAAGAAGCGCAAAGCGGCCUUGUCACCACCCUCUGCCGCCACUCAGACUCCAAAACCCGCAGGCAAUCCUCAAGACCAUCCCCAGUCCGGUCCCUCCAGGGACACUGCCCACGAGGAGCAGCAGCCAGACACAGAGAUACGCCCGACCACAUCGGAACAACGAGCAUCAGAUGUCCUCUCGACAAAGCUUAACAAACUAAAUUUCCAGAAUGACUCUGUGUUUGCACGUUCGGCAGAGACUGCAGAGAGUCGUUCAAUGGACCGCUUACGGAACGAAGAAAAGGCGAUGCAACUACGUGAUCAACAGCUUUUUGCAAGUGCAGCGACGCCGAAGAAGCUCUUGGGUAUACCCACAGAGACAGCAACACAAGACAGCGUGACUGAUGAUCGACCCUCGAAGCUCACACGUGAGAAUAUUGAGAAACUGACUCGAAAUGGACCCUUGGACCAUGUAGUUCAACCGGACGUGGACACGUCGAGUUUGGAUGUCACUGUCGACAGUAUAGCUCAGCACCGCACAGGCAGACCAUCAAUUGGAGCUCGGAUGAAGUCCGACGGCGACAAGACCGUCUUACCGGAUUGA